UUCAGUUUUGCUGGAAAGCAGAACAAGAGAAAAGAGCGCGUAGCCGGCGCUUACAGACCCAGCCGCCUUGGUAGACUGGACGGUGCUUUUGGUGUAUUAGGGCAACUCUUUUCCUUUCCCAACUCAGAGCCUCUCUCUCUCUCUUAGUUUUAUCACCAAUAUCUUCAACGCAUUUACAUUCUCUCUGACUGCUUCUCUUAUUUAUCAGUUAUCACCGACUCCCUGAAGAACAGAGAAACAAAAGUGCUCGAUGGCGCUUCGUUUUGAGAUUCUCGGGAGAUUCAAUCGUGCUCGUGCAGCUCAACUAACACUCCCUCACUUUGGGUGCCAGACACCCCUGUUUAUGCCUGUGGGUACACAAGGGACUAUCAAAGGGUUGGCAACUAACCAGCUUGAGGAGAUUGGUUGCCAAAUAAUACUAGGAAAUACAUAUCAUUUGGCACUUCGUCCUACUUCUGAGCUUAUUGAUGAAUUGGGGGGUCUUCACAAAUUUAUGAACUGGCCUAGAGCAUUGCUAACAGAUUCCGGCGGCUUUCAAAUGGUAUCAUUAUUGCAUUUAGCUGACAUCACUGAAAAGGGAGUUACAUUUCAGUCACCAGUUGAUGGAAAGCCCAUGCUCCUAACACCUGAGGAAUCAAUUCAAAUCCAAAACAGAAUUGGAGCAGAUAUUAUCAUGGCUCUUGAUGAUGUAGUGAAAACAACCAUUACUGGUCCACGUAUAGAGGAAGCCAUGUACCGCACUCUUAGAUGGAUAGACAGAUGUAUAGCAGCUCACAAGAGACCGCAUGAGCAGAAUUUAUUUGGUAUUGUACAAGGUGGAUUAGACCCUGUUCUAAGGGAUAUAUGUGUUAGAGGCUUGGUCGAGCGGAAUUUACCCGGGUACGCUAUUGGUGGUCUUGCAGGUGGUGAAAGUAAAGAUUCAUUUUGGCGUGUUGUUGCUCAGUGCACUGCUGCAUUGCCCGAGGAUAAACCACGAUAUGUUAUGGGAGUUGGUUAUCCACUGGAUAUUGUGGUUUGCAGUGCUUUAGGUGCUGAUAUGUAUGACUGUGUUUAUCCCACUCGUACUGCUCGCUUUGGCACAGCUCUUGUACCUGAGGGAGUGCUGAAGCUAAAACACAAAGCGAUGGCUGAUGAUACUCGCCCCAUUGAUCCUACAUGUGCUUGUAUGGUCUGUAAGAAUUAUACUAGAGCCUACAUCCAUUGUCUUGUUACAAAAGAUGCCAUGGGAUCUCAGCUUUUGUCAUAUCACAAUCUGUACUACAUGAUGAAGCUUAGCCGAGAUCUACAUACGUCAAUAAUCCAGGAAAGGUUUCCAGAGUUUGUAUGCGAGUUUCUGCAGAAAAUGUUUCCUGAAGGCAAUGUCCCUGAAUGGGUAUGCAAUGCCAUGGAGGUUGCCGGAAUUGAUAUCUCUUGCUGCUGCGGCAAAACCUCCGGAAUUGAUCUCUUAUUGUUGCAGUAACGACUCAAGGAAGAACGCUAGUCAUUUUAGUCAAUUUUAAACAGGGGCGGAACUACAUGGGGGCUGAAGAAGGAUUCUCUCCAUUUCAAAUGAAAUGAAGGGGAUCCAUUUAGUUGUUUUAAGAGGGCAUUUUUGUCUAAAAGAAAAUAAAAUGGCAAAAUUACCCCCUAAAAACUACUAACUGGUUCCUCUCCAUUUCAUUUGAAAUGGAGAGCAUCCAAGUCCAUGGGGGCUUGGGGGGCUGCCCGUGUUUCCCCAAAAUUUUUUUAAAAUUCUCCUAGUUUUUUUUUUUUUUAAAAAAAAAUUUAGAAUAUGUCCCCCCAAAAUUUUUUUAUUUUGCACUUUUGCCCUCCCCCCCAACUAUGAUUGCUAGUUCCGUCCCUGAUUUUUGAGAUUCUCUAAACUUAUAAAGCCCACCUAAUAAGAAAACAAUAUGAGACUAGCACCCAUGAGAUUCACUGGGCAAAUCCCGGGGUAUUACAGCUGCUCUCGAUUCUCUUCAUCUCAAGAAUAGAGUUUAAAAGAUACCCAAAAUGAGGCUGCAUAUAGCCUUUAUAUGGUGUUUGACAUGAAGUUCACAAGAAAUCUGACUUAUAUAGGUGAUAACACGUGCAGCAUAAAUUUUGUAGCCCAUUGAUAUGCUGUUUCAUUAGUUAUGCCCAUAGAGGACUUCUCUUUUUUCCUUCUUUUUCUUGUUACUUUAUUUUCAACGUACAAUUGCAAGAAAAAUAUUUGUAUUGUUCAUUUCAA